UUGGUAUAAAAUUCAUCAUAUCUCCUAUUUGAAAUUAUAGCGUUACCUCCCUGGAAUAAUAUUUUUUCCAACUCUGUAUAUCAACGUGAAAAUACGGGUUCCUAAAACCAAUUUUGGGAAUCGAAAUUGGAGCCACUUUUUUUUGACUUUGGGAACCGGAACCAACGAUUCCGGUUCGGUUCCCGAGUACUUAUAGGAACUGCAGGACACUAACAUGUGGCAGUGUUGCAACAUAUACAGAAUGGCAAAUAUACUCAAGUGAUACAAUCUAUAUGAAAAUCGGCAUAGCGAGUUGCAAUUUCACUAGCACUCCUAUUUAUUUUACGAGUAUGGUUGGUACCUUAUCUCAUUAUAUUUUAGUCAAUUACGGAAUUAUUUAUGAUCCUAGUCCAACUUCAUUUACAAUCUAUGUUCGUAAUCUAAUUAGCAUUACUUUGGCGACAAUGAUGAGUUGGACAUUAUCGUAUUCCUUGGAUGUUAACUGGUUGGGUAUUUAUUACUGAACUUGAUGAUGAAUCAACCCUGAAUAUGUACUUAUAAUUUGAUAUUUUUAAAAUAAACGAAUUGUUAGAGACUUUCGUUCUUCAUUGUUAGCAAAAUUUCAUUCUACGCAUAUAUUACUUGAGUCACCUUUUUUGUUCUCUUCUUUUGACAAUUUUGCUCGUUCUCUUUUAAAGAAACCGUGAUGGUAGUCCAUGUUAAUCUUUCAUUCUCUUGGUGGCAGAAUCCUAAAGAAACCGAUGUAAAAAAAAAUUUUACAACAAUGACAAAGUAUUUUUUCUUUCAUCGUUCCCUUGGAAGCGUUUCAAACUUCAAUAAAAAAAAUGCAUGAAGGAAUGAAAUAUUAUUUUUUUUGUCAUCGAACUUAACUACAGCUUUCUAUUCUGCAUUACUAUUUAAAGUUUUUAAUCUUUUUCAUGCUAAUAGUAUGAAUCCAACAAUAAUCUAUCGAGUUCGUUCACCUGAACCAACGCCAACAUGCAUUUAUUUUCGACAGUAUGAAAUUCCAGCGCCUUAUCAAUCACCCUGUGAGAUCUAUAUAGCAACCAAUAAGCAAAAUAAUACUCAAAUCUCAGAGACACAAUCUAUUCAUCGUGAAUUGAAACAAAUUAAAGAUGAUAUUCGACAAAUAAAACAACAACAACAACAACAGCUAACCUCACCGACAUUCUAUACAAUUAAUCAAGAAUAUCCUUCUGAAGCAACUUUUAUAAAUACUCCACCUAUAUCACGUCAUAGGCCCCCGGCGUCAUCGACAAAUUCAAUUUUCUAUUGUACAGAUUGUGAUAGUAUUAUUGAAAAACGACCUCAUGUAGAACGUUCAAUCCAUAGACCAAAGACUGGUACGACAACCUAUCAGGACAGUUACAAAAGACGAACACCAUCACCAAAACCUAUCGGCUAUGUAUGCUAUCCAGUCUACACUGAUCGAUCGCAAUCAUUGAAAGAAUUACAAAAACGAAUGCUUUCUUCCUCGACUACUGUUCAUCACUGUGUACCUCCAACAUUAGCAUCAUUCGAAAAUAAAUAUCCAACUCGACGAUAG